UAAGACAGUUCGGAUUAGUUGGCUUAUGGUGUUUUUCUUUCGAAAAAAUUGCAUGGAAAAAGUUUAAUAUUUUCACGGGUUUUUCUCCUUAUUUCCGCGCAAAGUAUGCCAAUUAUUUUGGCGAAACCCAACACGCCGUUAACCACGCGCUCAAUUGAGGUAUUUUGCGUGCCCUAGGUGCAUUUGUGGGGGCGCACGACGGACUUUUGUGCGUGUUGUGCGUUGUGCAACCCGAAAAAAAAUGAUGUGUGGUGAAGACGCUCAAUGAGAGAGAGAAAUGGCUCAAGUGAUGGUAUUAUUGCCCGGAUUCUUGUAGAGUGUUGGCCCCCAUUGGCAGCCCCAUUGCCCACGUAAAGACACACACACGGACCUAACAAUGGUCCCCACGGACACGGCGAUGACUCAAUAACGUGCCUUUGUGCAUUUUUCUUCUUCCCCCCUUGUCACAUAACAAAAAAAAAGCAGCACGGAGAGAGAGAAUUUUGUCGCCGUCAUCUUUCGCGAAAACGUCCCUCGAGAGCGUCUUCUUCGCACAGCUCAGUGGUUGAUUUAUUUUGUUUUUGGGGAAAAGGAAAAGGAUCCACGGCACACGUGAGGUGUCCGUGCAACUGGUAGGCUAGGGCAGGAGGGCAGAAGUGGUGGAAAUAAAUGUGAAAAUGGCAACGGAACUGGAUGAGGAUCGUCGUAGAAGGCUUGCGGCACUCGAGGAGAAGAUUCGAGACCCCAGGGGUGUUGCAAACCUCGAUUGCCUCCUUGAUACGGUGACAGCUCUCGUGGCCGACUGUGAUCAUGAAUCAGUUAAACGUAUUAAAAAUAUCGAAGCCUACACGCAGAGAUAUGAACCCCUUGCGAAGGAGAUCUGUGAACUCCGGAUGCGCCCGGAGGACUUUCACAUGAUCAAAGUGAUUGGACGUGGUGCUUUUGGGGAGGUUCAGCUGGUGCGGCAUCGAUCAACAAAGAAAGUCUACGCUAUGAAGCGCCUCUCGAAGUUUGCAAUGAUAAAACGUCCGGAUUCCGCAUUCUUCUGGGAAGAACGUCACAUUCUCGCUCAUGCCAAUUCAGACUGGAUUGUCCGGCUGCAUUAUGCCUUCCAAGACUCCAAGUAUCUCUACAUGGUGAUGGACUACAUGCCAGGCGGUGACAUGUUCUCCCUGAUGUCAAUGUAUGAAAUCCCAGAGAAUUGGGCAAUUUUCUACACGAUGGAGAUUGUCCUGGCACUCGAUACGAUCCACAACAUGGGCUUUGUGCAUCGUGACGUGAAGCCUGAUAAUGUGUUGCUGGAUAGUUUGGGGCAUGUGAAAUUGGCGGACUUUGGGACGUGCAUCCGCAUUGGCCCUGAUGGGUUGGUGAAGUCCAGCAAUGCCGUUGGGACACCGGACUACAUUAGUCCGGAAGUGUUGCAGUCUCAGAGUGAAGGUGGUGAAUAUGGGCGUGAGUGCGAUUGGUGGUCCCUCGGGGUGGUGCUGUAUGAGAUGUUCUUUGGUGAAUUGCCCUUCUAUGCGGACAGCCUGGUGGGGACGUAUGGGAAGAUUAUGGAUCACCGGAAUUCCCUGAGUUUGCCGCAAGAUGCGGAAAUUAGUGAGAAUGCGCGUUCACUCAUUCGGGGCUUCCUGACGGAUCGGAAUUCACGCCUUGGACGUCAUGGGGUGGAUCAGAUAAAGAAUCACCCGUUUUUCAUCAAUGACACGUGGACAUUUGAGAAUUUGCGUGAAAGCGCGCCGCCGGUGGUGCCGGAUCUCAAUGGGGAUGACGAUACGAGUAACUUUGAGGACAUUGAGAAGGAUGAGAGUCCCGAGGAGCUCUUCCCGGUGCCGAAGACAUUUGCGGGGAAUCAUUUGCCCUUUGUUGGGUUCACCUACACGAGUGACUAUCAACUCCUCAAUGCCACAUCCUCGCUUGAUAGCGUGGAUAAUCGUGACUCAUACCGCAAUCACCAUCGUCCCUCGUACAGUGGGGAGAUUGUACGGCUGGAGAAGCUGCUGGAGCAGGAGAGGCAAACAGUGGAGACACUUGAGAAGCAGGAGAAGACCUUAAGGACACAGAUGGAGAUUAUGGUGGCGCGCGAAGCGGAAUUGCAGAGUAUGUCGACGGCGUAUGAGAAGGAAUUGACAAUGCUGAAACAUUCGUACCGGGAGACGCACAGAAAGGCGGAAAAUGAGUGCGAAUUGCGGAGGAAGACGGAAAUUUUGCUGACGGAAACGAAGAAAAGGCUCGAUGAGGAGCAAAAUAAGCGAACGCGCGAAAUGAAUAACAAUCAGCAGCACAAUGAUCGAAUAAAUAUGCUUGAGAAGCAAUUUAGUGACAUGCAGGAUAAGUACCGAAUGGAAACGGAGGUGUGUCAGAAGCUGAAGAAGCAACUCAAUGAGUUGCGUCUCGUGCGGAAUGACAUUGAGCAGAAGUGCAAUGAGUUGCAGUCGCAUUUGGCCACGGUGCAGGCACAACGGGAUGUCCUGCAGCAGGAGGUGGUUGAAUUGCAGAGUCGCCUUGCGCAUGAGCGGAAUACGCGGCAGCAGCUUGUGGAGGCGCAUGAGGAGAAUGAAGGGAAACUCCAGACGCUUACCAUUGAAUUUGAGAGGUGCUUCCAUCGUGAGCAGAAAACUGUGGAGGAUAAUCGUGCGUUGACGGAUCGUGUGGCGAACUUGGAGAAGGUCAAUGCAACGUUGGAUUUGGAACUGAUGGCAAUGCAGCAGCGCUAUCAGCAGGAAGUGAAGGCACACGAGGAGGCGCAAAAGAGUCAGAAGGGGUACAAGGAAGAGGCUACGAUGGAGGAGGUGAAGGCGCUCCAGACAAAGCUGAAUGAGGAGAAAUUAGCCCGGCAGAAGGCAGAUCAGAAUUCCCAGGAGAAGGAACGACAAAUCUCCAUGCUAUCCGUGGACUAUCGGCAAAUGCAGCAACGUCUGCAGAAGCUUGAGGGUGAGAAUCGGCAGGAAACGGAAAAAGUAAUUGCACUCCAUAGUCAUUUGGAGCAGGAGCAAACAAAGAAGAAUUCCCUGUUGUCAGAAUUGAGUCUUCAAAGUUCGGAAAUUGCUCAUUUGAAAGCCAAAGAGACUCAACUUAUCAAGGAAGUGCAUCAAUUGCGGGAUAUGAAGAGGAAAUUCGAAGAGGAAAUGUUUAAAGUUAAAAAUGCUCACAAUCAAGACAUUAUUCAGAAUAAGGAAUUACAGGAACAAUUGGAGGCUGAACAGUAUUUUCAUAAAUUGCAAAAGAAACAGUGCAAGGAUGUACGUGAUGAAUUGGAAGAGAAGACGCGUCUUCUGCAGGAGCAGGAAGAAGAGAGAAAAUCUCUUGUGCAUCAACUACAAAUUGCCCUUGCACGAGCUGAUUCGGAAGCCCUUGCACGCUCAAUUGCCGAAGAGACUGUUGCGGAUUUGGAGAAGGAGAAAUCAAUGAAGGAAUUUGAAAUGAAAGACUUGAUUGCAAAGCACAAGAGUGAGUUGGCGCACAAAGAAUCAGCCUUGCUUGUGAUGAAGGAUGUUGAGUAUGAUGUAAAUAUGAAAUUGAGUAAGAAGACCGUUGAGUUGGAUGAGCAAAUGCAGCAGAAUAAGAAGUUGCAAGAUGAAUUGGGGCAAGUUAAGGUGGACAAGGGUGAAAUUGAGCGUCUUCAGGCAAAAUUGAAGCAGGAAACGCUCUUUAAGCAAUCAGCUGUGAAUAAACUCGAGGAAGUUAUCUACCGUAAGGACUUUGCGAAUACGGCAAAGAAUAAGAAGGUUGGAUCAGCGGCGGAAAUGCGUAAGAAGGAGAAGGAGAAUCGUCGAUUGAAGCAGGAACUUUGUCAGGAACGUGAAAAAUAUAGUCAAUUGUUGAUGAAAUUCAAUGAUUCGCAAAUUAAUUUAAAUGAAGAAAUGGUGGCUAAAACAAAGCUUCAAAUGGAGAUUCAGUGCAAAGACACAGAGAUUGAGAUGCUCCAAACGAAGCUCAAUGAGACAACGUCCCUUUCUUCUGCUGAAAAUGACACGGAGGACAAUCAGGAUUCAAUCAUCGAAGGAUGGCUCAGUGUGCCAAAUAAGCAAAAUAUCCGAAGACACGGGUGGAAGCGCCAAUUUGUCGUGGUUUCAACGAGAAGAAUAAUUUUCUACAAUACAGAGCAUGAUAAACAAAAUACAAGCGAUCCAGUGCUUAUUUUGGAUUUAAGCAAAGUUUUCCACGUGAGAUCAGUGACACAAGGUGAUGUGAUUCGUGCUGAUGCCAAAGAAAUUCCCAGAAUAUUUCAAUUGCUCUACGCAAUGGAGGGUGAGGCUCGUCGUCCGGAUGAUCAGCAACAAAAUCAAUUUGAUACCCUCAAGGGAUCCGGUGAGGAAAGGCCCGGAACAAUUCAUCACAAAGGUCAUGAAUUACUUCAAAUUUCCUACCAUAUGCCAACAACAUGUGAAAUAUGUCCAAAACCAGUUUGGCACAUGUUCCGGCCACCACCCGCCUAUGAAUGCAAAAGGUGUCGCAUAAAGAUCCAUAAGGAACAUGUGGACAACAAUGAUCCAUUGGCUCCCUGUAAAUUGCAUCAUGAUCCCCACUGUGCCCGGGAGAUGCUGCUGUUGGCAUCAACGAAGGAGGAUCAAACGCGAUGGGUGAGUCGCCUGUCGAAGCGAAUCCAAAAGUGUGGCUACAAAGCCAAUAAUAUCAACAGUGCCGCCAGUGGGAAUGAUGGUAGUAAAAUAUCUCCUAGCCAAUCAACACGUUCCAACUACAAACCAUAUGCCGCAACUAAUGUACAAAGAUCAGCAACUCUUCCAGCUAAUUCAUCUUUGAAGCAACAAUAACCACACAUUUGUUUUUUUUUAUUCUAAAUUUUUAAAGAAGAAAAAAAAUGUAAUUUUACAGAAAAGAAAAACAAGAAAAAAACGAAAAGAAAAUGAUAAAAAAAAAUUAAUAGGAAGCAAGAUCACAAAUUUAAUAUUUUUUCUCAAGUCUUUUUCCUCUUCAAGCAUUUUAUUUUAUGUAUUUUAUUAAUUUUUUAUGCGCUGUUUUAUAUAUUUAUAUUUAAAAGAAAAAUGUGUCUCUAAGAAAAAAAAACUGACGGAAAAUGCUUUUAAAAAAAAACUGAUUAAAAACAUUUAUUUUAUGUGCAGGUGCUAAAAAAAUGCAUCAAAAUAUUUUAAUUGUCUGUCAUGUGGCUUAAUUUUACAUAAUUCCUUUUUUUUAAUUAUGUGUUUUAUGUUCUGUUUAAUUCUGUGUCUAAAAAAAUGAAAUAUUUUUUUUAUCAAAAUAAUAAAGGCAGCUGUUGAGACGCCAGUAGUAGAAAGAAUCAAACGGUGAUGGUGAUGGAAGUAAUAGAGCAAUAAUAACAAUUUAAAAAAAAAACGAAACAAAAUGUGCCCAUGGUAGAAAGUUAAAAAGAAAAAAAAACUUAGUGCCUCAGUUUUUUUUGUAGAUUAUUAAUUGAAAAAAUACGAUGAGAAAAUUGAGAGAGAAGAAAUUCUUGCUAAAUGUGAAAGAAAGUUUAAAAAAAAUGAAUUGAAAAUUAUUUCCAAAAAAAUUAUAAAUAUUUUCGGUACUUAGGUGUAUAUUACUUAAAACAAAAAAAUAUAUAAUUUUAAUGUUAUUUUAUAUUAUGUAUUAAUUAUAUAUGAAAACUUUUUUUUACAAUUCAUGAGUUGUGCUGUGUUUUAAUAAUACGACUAAUAAAAAGAGAAAUGAGAAGUGAGAUAUAAAAUGAAGGAGAAAUAUUAAUAUUAUUUAAUUUUUUUUUCAAUUAAUAAAUAGGAAAAAAACAUUUUUAAUCACGCUUUAUAUAUUUUUGAAAAAACUACGUCAAGUUUCUAAAAUAUCCAUAAUGAUUAGAGGGACAAAAGAACUUGAUAGAAUUCUCCGGAAAUGGGAUAAAAAAAACUGAUUAAAAAAAUGUUUAAAAUAACUUUGGAUCGAAGCUCAACCAAGAAAUGACGUAGGUUGAAGUUGCGGCCAAUGAGAAUACUUUUCCUGAAUUUUUUAACCAAUCAGAAGGCUCUUCUAAUACUAAUUCUUCUUAUUAUUUCUUUACAUUUCAUUACUUUCUAUUAUUUAAUGAUAAAAAUGAAAUAUAAAGAAAGAAGAAGAAGAAUUAGUAUUAGAAGAGCCUUCUGAUUGGCUAAAAAUGCAGGCAAAUUGUUCUCAUUGGCCAUCUCAUCAUCACUGGGUGGAGCCUCGGUGCAAGAUUAAUUUAAACAGAAUAUAAACUGAUAUUUUUUCAUCUUUCUCUUUGUGUUAUUAAUAAAAUUCUUUUUGCUUUUUUUUAAAUUCAAACUGAUAAACUGAUUUAAAAAAUAUAAUUAAUUUGACAAGAAAGUCUAACAAUUCUGUGGGAAGAGAUAGGAAAUAUGUAAUUUUAUUUUCUUUGUUAAAAAGAAAAUUAAAGUGAAAAUGAUUAAACAAAAAAAAAAUAAUUCCCAAUUAAUGCAGCUAAUUUAUCUAUCUAGCAGUUCUAGUUGAAAAUAUAAUAUUUUUUUUAAUAAAUUAUUUUAAUUUUAUUAACCAUGUUAAAUGGUGCUCUGUCGAUGCUGAAUAUUUACUACAAAUCUGUUUUUUUUACUACAUUAAUAUUGCAUUUAUUAAUUAGCUAAAGAAAAGAGGAAGAGAAUGAAGACAAACAAAUAUUAUUUUUCUACUCGCAUUUUCUUUAUUUUUUUUUAUAGACUCUACCUUAGUAUGUUUUAACAACAGAAACGAUUAGAAAAGAAAAUUGAUAAAAAAUAGAGAAAUUCAAGAAAUAAACAUUCCGAACAUUUUUUCUUCAUAAUAAAUAGAAUUUUAUGAGAAUUUUAUUAGUAAACAAAAUAUUUGUAUAAAAAAUUCUAUAAUAUCAAUCAUGAGAAAAAUUAGAAUUAUUUCUUACGUCGUCUAAUAAAAAAAAUAUAUCAUUAGAGAAACAAAUAAAUGAAAAAUGAAGAAACAGGAAAACGAAAUCCCAGCUAAAAAAAUGCAGUGAAGAAGUUUAAGAAAAAAUUAAUAUUAAACGUAAAACUCUAAAAUACUGACAAGUAAAAAAAAUAAACAAAUAAUUGUGCCUUUGACUCAAGAAUUAAAUAAUAAAAUAACUCAAGAACCCCUUAUUGGCAGUAAAACAAAAAAAAAUAAAACAGGAAUAAAAAUAUCAAUAUUUCUGUAUUUUUUCUAGACUAUUUUAUUAUAUACAUAUUAGAAUUUACAAUGUAAGGAAUCACUGUAAUUUGUACAUAUUCAGUAUAAAUAUUUUGAAAGAGAAAA